AUGACUUCCUUGUCAUUUGCUGGCAUAUCUGUCGUUGGAGAGGUCAGGCCACCGCAACCUGCUUCAGCCACUACUGCCGUCACCUACAGCGGGUACCACCUGUUAGUGGUCAAUGGGUAUUCCUCUCUCGUUAAGGACAUCCCCAAUGGCGACUGCACGGAAUCUCGCCAUUUCAAAAUUGGAGGUUACCGGUGGAUUCUCCAGUGGUACCCCAAUGCCUACAAACCAGAUAUCGAUGGCUACAUGUCCUUUUAUCUCUUCCUUGAUCAAGGCAACGUUGUCGAUCCUGUGAUGGUGCAGUAUGAGUUCAGCUUCGUCGUUGAUCAGGUCCAGACCAACAACCAGUCAUUGCUUGGUCGCGCAAAGGGAAAUCACAAAUUCUGUAGUCGUGAUGCUUACAAGUUGCUAUGUUUAAAGAGAAGAGGAAUCUUUGAGAAGUCAAAUUAUCUGAAGAAUGAUAGCUUCACCGUAAGAUGCGACAUCAUCAUCUACAAGGACGCUAACAUCAACGAAGCCGUCGGUGGCCCUAUUCCUGUCAGCGAUGUGUUGCCUUCUCCACCUGAUAUUCAACAAGAUCUCGGUGAUCUCCUCCAGUCCGGCGCCGGUGCUGAUGUGACGUUUCAGGUCGGGGGUGGGACAUUCAGGGCACACCGGUGCGUGCUCGCAGCCCGGUCUGCUGUCUUCAAGGCACAGCUCUUUGGCCCCAUGAAAGAGGGAACCACCACCGGUGUCAUACAUGUAAGGGACAUGGAGGAACAAGUGUUCAAGCUUUUGCUUGGUUUCAUAUACAGUGAUUCAGUGCCGGAGGUCGACGACAUAGAGGAAGAUGAAAUUAUGUGGCAGCACUUGAUUGAAGCGGCAGACAGAUAUGAUCUCCCAAGGCUGACACUAAUUUGUGAACAAGAGUUGUGUGCAUACAUCAACACAAGCACGGUGGCAACUAUUCUUGCGCUAGCUGAGCAGCACCAUUGCCGAGUGCUCAAGGAGGCGUGCUUGGAUUUCCUGAACUCUCCUGCCAAUCUACAGGAAGUAAUGGCGCUCGACGGCUUGGACCAUUUGGUUAGUAGGUGCCCCUCUGUUUUGAAAGAUGUCAUUAGGAAGCUGAACACUGGGGAUUCCACUGCAUUUGCUCUGCCGGCUAUUGUGGUGCUAAAAUCUGAUAUGCACCUGGAUUUUUUGUCUCUCCUCGAGUCCAAAGAGAGAAUGGAUGUGACAUUUCAGGUCAGUGGUGAGACGAUCUGUGCACACCGGUGUCUGCUCGCUGCCAGAUCCGCAGUCUUCAGGGCUGAGUUCUUCGGCCCGAUGAAGAAGGACACAGCCUCCGAUGUCAUACGCAUAGACGACAUAGAAGCAAGAGUGUUCAAGCUCUUGCUUACAUUCAUUUACACUGAUACCGUGCCAAUGAUGAAGAAGAGAAAACAGGGAGAGAGAAAUGAUGGCGAUGCUAAUGUGAUGUGGCAGCAGUUGCUUGUGGCAGCAGAUAGGUAUGGUGUCCAGGGGCUGAGGCUGGUGUGCGAAAGAAGGUUGGGCAGCUACAUCAACACGAGCACAGUGGCUACCAUCCUUGCGCUAGCUGAGCAGCACCACUGCCGGCAGCUCAAGGAGGAAUGCUUGGACUUCCUGGACUUCCCUGCUCAUCUCAAACAAGUUAUGGCGGUCGGUGGUUUGGACCAUCUGAGAAGCAUCUGCCCAUCUGUCCUCGUAGAUCUCAUCGCCAAGCUUGCGGCACUUUAA